AUGAGCCUAAACUUUAGCGACGAUGAUGAGGUGUACACCCAAUAUGGGGCUAAAAAUGGCGAGGGAGAUGACUUAAAUGCGGGAACAGCAGAGGACCCCACGGGGGAGGUGGCGGAGGAUUAUAUGGGGGAUGCGCCAGAGGAUUAUAUGGGAGACGCGGCGGACGAUCCCGUUGGGGAAGAGCCCAAUGAACAGGAGGAAAAGAAGAAACGGAAAAAAAGCAUGGGGUUUCAACUGAAAAACAUUUUUAACGAUGUCGCGUUGAAUAAAAUUACUGGUUACAUUAAGAAGAAGCGGAAGAGUGAAAAGAGGAACAGUUACACAGACAAGUGGAACGACUCGCAUGCAGGUGAUAACCGAGACAGUAGCGGUGGGGAAGGUGGCAGUGACGAUGAUGCAGUGGAUGAUGAAGAAGACGAGCUGCAAAAGUACGUGAGGGAGGAAAAAAACAAAAUAAAGCAAAUACUCCCGGAAAACGACGAAUUGUGGGACAUAUAUAUGUACUUAAAUUUAAAAAAAAAAAAGAGAAAAAUUGACUACAGCGAAAAACAUUACACUGCAGCUAUUAGGAAGAUAUUACAGUGCGUGACGAAUGAUUAUAAAAAUAUUGUUAUUGCAAAGUUGUUUGAAAAUAAAGUUCUGAAAAAGUACUUAAUUCUACCUGACCAGUCAGAUUUUUUUAAAAAAAGCAAAAUUGAAUAUAUAGGAAGGAAUACCUCUGUCCCAAUUAUAAGAAGGAAGAAUUACCUUUUGGUAAUAAAGAAAAAGCUAGUAGAAUUGUACAUAAAGGGAAAUUGUUGCAGUUACACGAAGGAUGAGGAGUUGUGUCAUUUGUACGGGGAGGAUAGGGAUGGCGGGAAUUUGUCUGAUCAUGAAGGGGACCCGAACCAACGAGAGCUUAACCAACGAAGUAACUUGGACCAGGCGGGAAAAGACACCAACUUUAUAAUUGAAAAGGAAAAAAUAAAUAUCGAGUUAGCUAAGCUGACAGACAAGUACACCCGAAUGGUACAAAAGGUAAAACAACAUCGAAGAAAAAAUUUAAAAAUAAGUUUCAACCUUUUUAUGAACUUAAUAAAUGAAGUUAUGUCAAAGCUGUAUUUCCCCGUCAAUAAUGUUUUACUCAUGGGAGACAACAAUACGGAUUUAACAGAUAUUUACAAAACGGUUCGGCGUAAAUAUAACAUACAUGAUGUGCUCUCCAAGGUACAAACUCUCAGUCAGAAGAAGGAGAUGUAUGAGCACUACCGUGCCUACUUGCUUUAUAAGUAUAAGACCACUUACUCCGUUUGCGACGAUCUUUUUAAGAUGCACCAAAUGGGUGACAACAUUAACGUGUUCAAUUUUAAAAAAUUUUACAACACGGAUUUUGGGGCGGAUACGUUUGGCUUCAUUAAGGGAGAUGAAGGGCACGAUGAACAGGGGAGACCAAGCGGGGCGGAAGGAGCAAAUGGAAUGAGAACUUCUCCUCGUGAUGGUGCGGUGCGCAAAGCAGAACAGGGUGAGCCCGGGGACCAUUUCUCAGGCGAUGUGUAUGAUGUAUACGACGCGGAGGAUUUCUUCCAAGUGAAUAUAACCCCUGAUGUGCCGGCAGGAGAGGUGGAGGGAAAGGUCGCGGGAAAUGUUGAAGGAAACGCACCUGCGGAGAGGGAUUCCUGCACUGUGCAGGCCGAGGCCCCGGGAACCUCCACCGUGAAUGGUGCCCCCCCUGAGGAGACGCCUCUGGAGAGGGCCAAGCGGAUUGCCCGCGAGAAGAAGCAGAAACUGAUGGAAAGCAGAGUUAAGAUUAUAUGA